GUGUGUGCUGCAUUUUGUUGUGGAUUGGUAUCUAAACAACAAUGGCAGAUACUGGAUUCAGGGAUUGUUGUUCAACUAAUUUGAUACUGUUAAUUGAAAAUCUGUGUCCUGAAACAGCAAAAAGCGUUUUUACUGAUUUUCUUCGCUAUUCGAGAUCAUAUUUGUGUUCGCAAAACGUUUUUAAGCCUAGUGACAGCUGUAAGAAACACCUGGGAUUGUUAGCUACAGUCCUCAAAAUCGCUCUUACAGAACCAAAGCGCGAAGAACAUAUUCAUUUUUCGAAUGACGACAUUGAAGUUUUCCAGAGCAUCAUUACAAAAUGCAAUACUAUACUCGAGACUGAAGAAGAAAACUUUGAAUUAAAACCAGUUGUGAUUGACGUGUUGUCAUAUUGCCUAGUUUUGCUACCAGAUGACAAAAUAAUUGCCCAUGUAUACGAAAUGUUGUUGUUUUGUGAAAAUAAACUCUCUUUCUCUGCUAGUGAAUCCGAUUUUGGUGAUAUUUCUAUGCCAGGAAAUUUUUUGACAGCCUUGUACCUUUUAGAGGCCAUUAUUCAAAUCUUGUAUAUUUUAGAGCAAAAUUGUUUACCGAAUAGGGAAAAGAUGAAAGACAAAUUUUUGAGUGAUUUCAGUAUCCACAUGUUAGUUGUAAGACUUCUUACGAACUCUAGUUACGCUGUAGUAGUGCACAUACUGAAUUGCAUAGUUCCAAAACUUCUGAAAUUUGUUAACAGUGUCGACCUACUUAAGCAGGUGUGGACACAACUGUCCAUAAAAUACUGUUCAGCAGCAUCUGUUGAUUCUCAUUUAUCUGUCCCAUUUCUGAUACUGUGUUCACUGUCCAAUAUGUAUUUGCCAUGUUCAGAGUCUACUGAUUCCUACUCACUCACUCAAUACAGUGAUUUUUGGAAACUUUGCCAGAUAGGUUUAAUGCAUUCUGACUUAUCGGUGAGGAAACAAGCUCUCUAUUUAACUAAAAGAGCAGUAGAUAUAACUUUUCAAAGAGAUAACUGCGAUAGUGAGAAUCUUCCAGAAUCACUUGUGUGGAGAAGUUGUCGGAUGAGGUCAGAUUUUUUGAAACUGUGGCAUGACUUGUUCUUGAUAUUGGAAACCUUGGAAGAAAAACAAGUUCACUUAAUAAAACCAGUUCUACCCAUGAUUCAGAGAUUGUCCACAGGUACGUCGGAGUGGCAUAAGUCGUGGACUCUGUGCAUAUUUCAGAGAUUACUGAAGCAUGACAACAACACGGUUGUGAAGUGGGGUGUAACCCAUUUCAUUAAUCUAAACUUGGUGUACUUCACUGCUUUGGGUGAUAUUUGCACCAAUAUGUUAUUUGUUAAUUUCAUGGAUGCAAUAAAUAACACUGCUUUGUACGCCACUAGAGAUAGCACACUAAAACUAUCUGAUACAGUAGAAAGCUUGGUGACACUGUUUCAUGCAAUAUGUCAAUUGCAUAUUAAGAACUGUCGUUUAUAUUUUGGUAAGUUUAUAGAAGAAUUGACCAAAAGAUCUUGGGGUCCAGUACCUAUGUUUUAUAUAACAAAGGCACUAGCAUCAUCACCUAUAACACCAGUAUGGAGUGACACUCAUUUGCUGUUGUGUGGAAAAUUAGCCAGAAGUGCUAUAGUAAAUCAGAAUGUAUACAUUCGUGCAGCUAUUGAGUGUUCAUUGCUUGAGUGUGCUAUUAAAUUUGCAGACCGAAAGCUUAUCACAGUGAAAAGCGUUUGUCAUUUUCUAAAUAGUUUCAGUUCAAAAUUAUCACUGAAACGAGGUACUUUCAUAUGGAAUGAAAUUGUGAAUUGGCUAAAGUCAUUUAUCACAAAAUCUGAUGCUCAAGAUUUUGUCAUAAAAUUUGCAUUCACGUUCGUGGACAAUAUGACUUUGAGUGAAGAACAACAAACGGAUAUUUCUGUUAAGGCAUUUGGGAGGAUGGUAGUUCUGCUUUUGGAGAGUGAAUGUUUGACGUCAGCUGAAGUUAAGGGUAACUCUGGAGACAUUGUGGCAGAAGUCUUUAGAAACACAUGGAAAAGGCUUUGUAACAUUGACAGUAAUGGUGAUGAUUUGCAAGCUAUCAGUAUAAGUCUUUUAGCCACUAUUUUGGAAGAAUGUGUGAGUAUAAAAGUUGAUCCUAAUGACAGUGUGAGAACAACACUCGCAGAAAUAUUUCAAGGUACUGUUCAUGAUAUAUUUUUACUCAUUAGCAAGAAAAUCACAAAUUUGUUAGGGUUACAGGACAUUCAAGUAGUAAAUAAUUAUUUACUUGCAUUGAAAGCUUUCUCUGAAGACCAGAAUAUUCUCCCACUCAUAGAGCAGCAUGUUUAUCUGCUACAUAAUGCAGUGCUGCAAAUUUAUGAAAGUAAAGCUAAAAUUGGAUCAAGUUUGAACAUAUUUUUUGCUAUGAAAGUUAUUGAGUGGGUAUCCAGUUGUCUCAGAAAUCAUAUGUCUUGCUCCCACAAUGAUUCAAAAAAUGAAAUUAUGUAUAAACAGUGUUUGUUCAUUGAAAGUCUAGUGCGUAGUGGUGAAUUAGACAUUCCUAUAUAUAAAAGAUUUGACGAAAUAACUGAAGCCAGUAAUCUACGACUUCGAGGCAAAUUGGCAUGUGAAUACACUUCUGCUCUUUGGAGUACAGUGAGUUUGUGUACAGAAAUUUCUCAUCAAACAAAUCUUUAUGUCAGCCCAUUUAAGUUUGUUGAUAAAUCAUUGCUAGAAACAGCUAUAAAUGCUAUCGAAACUGGUGGCAGGGGAGUGUGUAUACCUGUGAUGAACACUAUGAGGAUAAUAUUUCAUUACUGGUAUGACAAAGAAAUAUUGUGCGACAUUGGCCGAUUUCUGUCAAUAUGCUGGAUGAACAUAUUUGAAAUGAGGUGGACAGAAUACUUCUGGGGCACAACAGAGGUAUUUAUGAAAUUAACAUUCCACCCAUCAUUUCUUCAGGAAAGAAGAAUGCAUCCUUAUAUACUGCAGUACGCGCAGCAGAUAAUGGAACUUGGAGAGUCUAUGUCAGGUGUUUGUAGUCUUCUAAUGCUUACUAUACAGAAUAUCAAUCAAGACCACAAACUUAAUUUUGUUGAUGUAUUAUCAGAAAUCCUAUUAGAAGCACUGCUUUAUGGACCUUCACACAGGCGAGAUCUGAGAGCAGAAAAUGACACAUGCACAUAUAUAAGGUCAUUGGAAGAAGACACAGUUUUAAAUGGAAUUAGAAGAAAGCCCUGCAUCUCAGAUGGUGAAGUUCGGGCCAGGGCAUUACAAAUCUUGCUUGAUUUAUGUUCAGUGAGACAAGAUAUCCCGAUUCAAAUAGUUGAAAUGCUGCUGCAGAAAGACAAGUGUCAACUUCAGAAAGCCCGAUAUUUCUCUGACUCUCAUCAUCAUCGCUUGAAGAAUCGACUUAUGCAGGUUUUGUUAGUUUUGGAACCUUACCUGUCAUACGAUGCUGAUCUCAAACUUGCAUCAUGGCUAUAUGAGAGUCUGCACAAGGAGAAUCAUCAACCAAGUGUGCGUCAUCAACAAGAAUGGUUGCUGGUUACGAUUCUAUUUCGCCACCGCAAGCUAAUUGAUGACAUGUGGCUAAAACUGAAAGAGGCUUGUGAGAAGAGGACUGGUAGCCUGUGUUCUUUUACAGCUGUUGUGAUGUUCCUGGCACAAAUCCUUGAUGAUAAAUUAGACAAAGAGAACUUUGUAGACAAGAGCAUGAGUGAAAUAUUUCCCUUUUGCAUGGGACAGCACUUCAGUGUUCGCCUGUAUGCUCAAGUAGCAUUAAAAAAGUUGUGGGAUCUAAGUAGAAAGCAUAAUUUCUCAAAAGUAUUGCAGAAAUACCAAGUGAUGCAGAGUUGUCUUGAAGUAAGUCUGUCUCAAGCUAAUGCUGUCAAGAAUGUGCAUAAAUUAGUGAAUGAUUUCUGGUUUGGGGUGUUCCAUCCAGUUCAGCACUACACUUUUGAGACCAUAUUUUAUGACCUCCCAAGGCUCUCUAGUAUUUGCUCUGAUGAGUGGAUUGCAGUUGAGACCUUGAAAGAAUGUGGUUUGGACUCUAACAAUACAAUACUACUGGAAAACGCUGACAAGUCACUGAAAAACUGUGAAAGCAUCUCUAGUAAUUCUGGACUUUCAGAUCAGCCUGAAGAAGACUGUGUCAUCGAAGAAAUGAAUAAUGUGCAGAAAAAAGUUAUUCCUUGGAAGUAUAUGUUGCAUGAUGCAGAUUCAUUGAGUGUAUUCUCAGAAACUAUGCUCCAAGACAAAAAGGCUGUUGCCCAGGAGGGCCUAAUAGUUAUUGCAUCUCUUAUUGACCGUGCACCAAACUUGGGUGGGCUCUGCAGAACAUGUGAAGUCUUUGGAGUUGCUCAGUAUGUUAUUGGUAAUCUGAAAUACCUGGAAGACAAGCAAUUCCAAAAUUUAAGUGUUUCAGCUGAGAGAUGGCUAAAUGUUAUUGAAGUUAAAUCAGUUCUACUGCCACACUAUUUGUUGGAGAUGAAGAGACAUGGUUAUAUUGUUAUAGGAGCAGAGCAAACCUCCAAUAGUGUCAAACUCAAUGAGUUCAACUUUCCAAAGAAGUCUCUUGUGUUGUUGGGCAAUGAGAAAGAAGGCAUUCCCGCUAAUCUGCUCCCUAUAAUGGACACGUGUGUUGAAAUUCCUCAACUGGGUGUGAUCCGCUCACUUAAUGUGCAUGUUACAGGAGCCAUGUUUAUAUGGGAGUAUUCAAGACAGUGGAGUCUAAGAUAACAGUGGUAUGGGCCAUUUCCCACUAAUGAACAUUGUACAUAAUAUUGUAAAUAAAAAUUGUGCCUUCGUUUGUA